UGAUAUGGCUGCGCCAAUACUGAGGGGCGUCCGGGAGCUGCUGAAGCAUGCGAACUUCGCGCCGGUCCCGAGAAGACAUCGACAUAAGAAGAAGUGGGCAGCAACAGAGCCCAAAUUCCCUGCCAGCCAGCUUGCUCUGCAGAAUUUUGACAUGACCUACAGUGUGCAGUUUGGGGAUCUUUGGCCAUCGAUUCGUGUCAGUCUUCUCUCAGAACAGAAGUAUGGUGCACUUGUCAAUAAUUUUGCUGCUUGGGACCAUGUGAGUGCUAAGCUGGAGCAGCUGAGUGCCAGGGACUUUGUGAGUGAUGCCAUCUCCUGCUGGGAAUUGGAGCCUGAGAAUGGCCACUCUGCAACCCUGUCCCCAGCCUGCAGUCCAAAUCUUCGAUGCUUCACUUUUGCCAGAGGAGAUGUCAGCCACUUCCCUUCUGCCAGGCUUGGCAGUCUGAGUGUCAUGGACUACUACCUGAUGGAUGCUGCCUCCUUGCUGCCUGUCCUGGCUCUUGGUCUACAGCCUGGGGACAUUGUUCUUGACUUAUGCGCAGCUCCUGGAGGAAAGACACUGGCAUUGCUUCAGACUGGCUGUUGCCGCAACCUCGCUGCCAAUGAUCUCUCUACUGCCCGAACGAGCAGACUACAGAAGGUCCUUCAUAGCUAUGUGCCUCAAGAUAUCAGGGAAGGAAACCGAGUUCGAGUCACUUCAUGGGAUGGCAGGAAGUGGGGAGAACUGGAGGGGGACACCUAUGACGGGGUGCUGGUGGAUGUACCCUGUACCACAGACCGCCACUCCCUUCAUGAAGAAGAGAACAACAUUUUCCAACGGUCAAGGAAGAAGGAGCGACAGAUGUUGCCUAUGCUGCAGGUGCAGCUUCUUGCGGCUGGACUCCUUGCCACCAAACCGGGAGGCCAUGUUGUCUAUUCUACCUGCUCCCUCUCACACUUACAGAAUGAAUAUGUGGUGCAAGGUACCAUCGAACUUCUGGCCAAUCAAUAUAGCAUCAAAGUUCAGGUGGAAGACCUCUCUCACUUCCGAAAACUUUUCAUGGACACAUUCUGUUUCUUCCCAUCCUGCCAGGUUGGGGAGCUGGUAAUACCAAACCUCAUGGCCAAUUUUGGGCCUAUGUACUUGCAAAAUGCGUAGGCUGACCUAGCAUCACUUGUUCCUGCAGUAGGAAGACAAAGGAUGUACUCUAUUGGAGGCACUGGAAACUGAGACCAGUGACAGAGAUGCACUCUAGAUCCCGUCUCCAUCCUGAGUUUUUUCUGCAGUUUUAAGCAGUAGGAAGUAGGAGUUUGUCCUACCGCUCAAUUGUGGAGUAUCAACAGUUUUCUAACUCACUUAUUACCCUUCCCCUUUUGCCAAGCUUAUGCUAAUGGUGCCUGUCCCAUUUGGAGGUUAGAAGGAAAAAAAACAAUGAGAAACCUACACUGUAAGCUGUAUACUUGUGAAGAAGCAUUUAGCAAAUAAAAUUGUUGAAGUUCCAUAGAGCUGGGGAUAUGUCAGGGGCUUUAUGUCAGUGCAAGUACUGUUAUAGUUGCAUUUGUACCAACUGCAGCUGCUGAACACUAACUCCUUGGUGGCCAAGCUCAGGAUCUCAGACUGGUGUUUGAGACUGGCCUCUGAUUAUAGAGUUCCUCUCACACUUGAGGUGAGUUCUGCUUAAUUAGUUGAUAGUUCAGCAAGCCCCCCUAGUUUCUCCAUAUGGCCUAUGAUCUAAUUUAAGGAAUAAGUAACUAAAAACGUUAAGCCAGUGCACAAUAAUUUGCUUACUUACUCAUUGAGAAAGCUCUCCUUAGCUGAGUAAUUCUGACCAUUCCUUCUGCUGUCAAAUGUAGAUAGAGAAGCUUCUUCUGCCAUAGGGAUAUCAUACUUUUGUGUGUUUCUUAAUAGUAAGUAUUUUGUGGACUUCUGUAUGUCAGGAAGCUAGGGAGCUCUGAAAACUAUAGAACUGGGAGAUAUAUAGAACUGGGAGAUAAUCAGACCUCUACAGCCUUCAGAAUGACAACUCACCUCCUUUUGCUUUCCGAGUGCCUAGGAAUAUCCUAAUGUUUUGUUUUCUUUUGUACCAGAUUUUUUUUUGUUCUUGUUUCUCAUCUGUAACCAAAUUCUAGUACCUGCUCUUUGGCCUAUUUCAAAAUCCCUCUGAACUCUUCCCCCAGCAUCAUAGGUUUUCACCUCAUAUAAUGUGUAUUUGGGGGCAACACUAUAUAAUUUACUGACUGCAUGCUAUUUACAUCUUUGUAAUAUUAGCCAAAAAAUGGUAACCUUUAGUGGCAGGGAGAUUAAAAAUUGCUUGUGGUUACCUGAAAA